AUGUCCAACCCCGCCAGCUCCACCGGCCGCUACGAGGACUACCCGCACGACAAGCGCAUCAUCAUCUACCCGGCGCGCCGGCUCGGAGCCGCCACGACCCUCGCAGACGGCCGCCGCAUCGCGGUGGAGCACGCGGCAGAGAGUCCGACGCUGCAGGAGAUCGCCGAGGUGCUUGAGCACCUGGGCUACACGCCAGCCCUCGAGGACAAGCGGUAUCCGCGCAACGCGCUCGCGCGCGGCCGGGUGCGCGUCAAUCUGAAGGACGCGGCGACGGGGGAGCUGACGGUGCCUGGCAUUGGCAGCAGAAAGGCGCUGCUGAUCCGGCUCGGCUCGUCGAUACCAAAGCUCAAGUCGAGGCUCGAGCCGAAGCCAAAGGGGGCGGCGGCCCCGGGUGGGAUGGGGCCGAUGGCGGGGGCGAUGCUGCCGGCAGGCUUGGCGCCGCCUGCAGGGAUGCCUGCCAUGCGCCCGCCGGGGAUGCCUCCCGGCAUGCUGCCUCCAGGCAUGCAGAUGCCUCCAAACAUGGCGGGGAUGCUGCCCCCGGGCAUGGCGGGCCUGCUGCCCCCAGGCAUGCAGCUGCCGCCGGGCAUGGCGGGGAUGAUGCCCCCGGGCAUGAUGCCGCAGCCCGGGCCCGGCGAGGGCAAGGCGAAGGGGUCCAAGAAGAAGAACCGCAAGUGAGUGGCGGCGGCGGCGGGGCGGCGGCGGCGGGCCGGCGGCUAGCAAGCCACACACUGUACUCUGUACCCACACGCCCCAUCGCAGCACCGACAGAGUACCGUCUCGAGGGGCCGACCUUUUCUCAAUUGAAGAAAACACGAAUCCUAAU